AUGGCUCCUCAACCCACCUGCUCCGUAGAGGAGUUCACCCGCACGACUUUCGACUAUGUCAUCUGUGGUGGAGGAACCGCCGGAUUGGCAAUCGCAGCUCGUCUCAGCGAAAACCCAGACGUGACAGUCGGCGUCAUUGAGGCGGGCAAGUAUCGUAUUGGAGAUCCUUUGGUUGAUACGCCUGCGGCUUUCUCUCAGAUGUUUGAGAAUCCCGAGUAUGACUGGUGCAUGUAUACAACGCCGCAGGAGGGAAACCAAGGCAAAAUCCAGCAUAUCCCGCGAGGCAAAGCCCUCGGUGGUUCUAGUGCCAUCAAUUAUAUGAUGUACGUCCGAGGCUCGUUGCAGGACUAUGAUGAUUGGGCGGAACUCGCAGAGGAUGAAGGGUGGUCUGCAGAGAUAAUGCAGCAGUACAUGCGAAAGCAUCAAACCCUCGAGCCAAUCGACCCAUCAAUUACCGAUACAUCAACCAUGCCCCUAGUAGGCCAAUUCCACGGCACAAGCGGACCAGUCCGCACAAGUUUCAACGACACCAUACUGCCAGUCGAAAACGACAUCAUCAAAGCCUGCGAAGAAACAACCGGCCUCCCAAAUAAACCCAUCGACCCCUGGAGCGGCGACCACAUCGGCUUCUACCAUACCCUCGGCACAGUCGUACGCACUGGACCGAACAAGGGAAAACGCAGUUACGCCGCGCGCGGGUACUACGAAGCGAACCGCGAGAGUCGACCGAACCUGAAAGUCCUGUGCGAAGCACUGGUCAACAAGGUCGUUCUUGAUGGCAACAAAGCGUCCGGCGUGAGUCUCAGCCACGGCGGAGUCGAGUACCAAGUCUCAGCGCGACGAGAGGUAGUCGUCUGUGGUGGAACGAUUAAAUCGCCUCAGAUUUUGGAAUUGUCGGGUAUUGGUGAUCCGGCUGUUCUCGAGGCUGCUGGUGUCGAGUGUAAGGUUGCCAACGCUGCUGUCGGGGCAAAUGUGCAGGAUCAUUCUAUUACUAUUAAUAUGUUUAAUGUCCAGCCUGGUGUUGUCACGCUUGAUACGCUUGCGCAGGUCCCUGAGGCUAUGCAGGCUGCUGCGAAGCAGUAUGCUGAGAGCGCCACUGGGCCUUUGAGUUGCAUUGCUAGUAUGCAGGGAUUCUUCCCUGCGAAGAAGGUGCUCUCGGAGGAGGAGUUUGAGGGUGUUUUGAAGAGUAUUCGGGAUGUGGUGCCGACUAGUGCUUUCCAUGAGAAGCAGCUCAAGCAGAUUAUUGCGCAUCUGGAGAGUGAUCAUUCUGCUAAUUUGCAGGUUGUUCUUGUGCCUGCUACUAUGGAACACGAGGGUCUUCAACAUCAGAGUAAGCUUCUUACGCCUAGGGCUGCGGAUAAGCCUGCUGGGAUUACUUUUGCUCUGUGUUUGCAAUAUCCGGUUGCGAGGGGGUCUAUUCAUAUUGACAGUUCUGAUCCAACUAAACCCCCUGUCAUCAAUCCCAACUACGGCGGUCACGAGGCAGAUAUCUCCGUUCUUGCCGCUGCAAUCCGCUGGAGCGACAAAGUCACUAAAUCCUCGCAUCUCAAGCAAUCCAUCCUUAGCCGUACAUAUCCCGAGCCGGAAGUGGAUUUGCAAGACUUUGAUACCGCCAGACAGGCAAUUCAUGAGCUUGUUGCCGGCGAGUACCAUAUCUGUGGCUCGGUUGCGUUGGGUGAUGCGCUCGAUUCUAGAUUGAGGGUCAAGGGCGUUGAGGGACUCCGAGUUGCUGAUGCAUCGGUGUUCCCUAACAACGUUAGUGGAAAUAUUGUUUCUAGCGUUUAUGCUGUUGCUGAGAAGGCGGCGGAUUUGAUUCGUGAGGAUUGGGAUUUCGGGGCUGUUGGGAAGGCUGUGGCUUGA